GUUUUUUUUCCGCCUUUGUCUUGUGUACUCAGCUGUAGUUAGUACUGAAAAUAUUAAACGUUCAGACUGAAGGUUUCCAUUUAAAUUGUAUCAUUGAACUCUCUUUUUUUUUUUCUGUUAAGAAUUUGGAUUGUCAAGAAUUCAUGAUGAUGAGCCUUUUUUUUCCUCUGUUAUUUGUCUCUGUUCUGUGUAUGAACAGCUUCUCAGGAGUGCAGGGAAGGAAAUGGAAAGGUGAAGGUACUACUCAAAACUUGGAAAGUAUUGUCAUUGGAAGAUGCUAUGAUUAUGUUAGAAUUGUGAACCCUGCUGUUGGUGAGAAGAAUUGUUCACAGAUAUGGGAAGCAUUUAAAAAUGCAUUUAUUAACAAGGAUCCUUGCAGCAUUGUACCUAAGGAUUAUGAAUUAUUUAUCAACCUCACAUUACACACGAUUCCACCUAACAAGUCUCUUUUCUGGGAAAAUAAUCAGCUACUAGUCAAUAGCUUUGCUGACAGAGGACGUCGCUACAUGUCUGUGGGUGAUACUCUGUUUGGCUUCGUUGGAGAUUUUCUGAACUGGUGUGGGCAGGCAGACAGCCCUGACCUGGACUAUGAAUCCUGCCCUACCAUGACGGAGUGUGAAAACAAUGCAGUGGAUUCUUUUUGGAGGAUGGCCUCAAUCACUUAUGCACGGCACAGCUCGGGGGUGAUACAAGUCUUGCUGAAUGGUUCUGCAGAGGGAGGAGCUUAUCCACAGCCAGGCUUCUUUGCAGAUUAUGAAAUACCUAAUUUCCAGAAAGACAAAAUCUCACAAGUUGUCAUUUGGGUUGUGGAUGAUAUUGGAGGACCAGAUAGAGAUUCCUGUGGAACUAAUAGUGUAAAGACAUUAGAAACCAGGCUGAAAACUCUUGGUUUUGAUGUCACUUGCACUGACAAUUACAAGUCUGUAAUGUUCUUACUCUGCCUGGAUAAUCCUGAUGAUUCUAAGUGUGCCCUUGCAUCAUCUGCACCAGCAGCACAAAGAGGACCUAUAUCUUCAGACAGAGGAGGCAGCUGGAACAAGCUCAUGUUUGUUUCUUUUGCAGGCUUUUUGUUCAGAUUUGCUUUAGUGUACUGAGUUAAUCAACUGAAUCCAUAUCCUCUGUUUGACUUAGCUGGCUAUAAAUUUUGCUUCAGCUGAUUUCUAACUGCAGUUUCUUCCUGCUUUUGGGACUGCAAAACCUGCAUAUUAAAACCUUGCAUACUAGAUACUGGCUUGUUUUAGUAUCAAAAAUGAUCCCAUUGCUGCUAGAAAGCCUCAUCUUUCAUUUUCUUUUUCUAGAAGUUCAUUGCUAUUUCCUCCUAUCUUUAUUCUCCAGUAUUAAACCAAGAAAAAUACUUCCUGCUCACAUGUUCACAUAUUUCAGAAAGAAAAAUUAUACUAAGCAUACAUCAACCACAGAGAUUAUUUGUGAAACCAUUCUAGCAUCUGACCUUGGAAACUAAGUGACUCAUUAUUGUGUUUGGAAAGGUGAAACAUAAAUUCAAGUGGAAGAGAUCUUAGAUUGCUCACUUGAUACAAGAUGCAAUAGGUAAGACAGUGGGAAAGUAAACUCAUUUUUAUAAGUGUUCCAGUACUUGGGCCAAACUUAAAUACUAGGGUACAGCAAGAUUCUGGGUGCAUACUUGCAUACAGUAUUUUACCACAUAAUAUCAAUUGUUUCAUCAUCCCCACAGCUGUUCCUCAGCUGGCUGUUUCCUGGCCACUGGAUAGCAAAUAGUCAGAAAUACCAGGUCUAGAAAGUUCCACAGUUUUUCCACCACAAUGUGAUUUAUGGUAUAUCAAAUUCAGAUAAGAACCUGCCAAGUCAGACACUGGCCUGCUUGCAGUGAACUCGGAUACAGGGUUCAGAACACACUGAGGAGACAGCAGAUGCCAUCCUGGAGGUUUCUUGGGUUACUUGUGUGAAUUCCAGUGCUUCAGCUAGAGGCUUCUCUAAACCACCAGGACAUCCAGUUACUAAGAUGACACAUAAAUCUUCAGAAAAAAAGUAGUCAUUCUACAGAGAAUAAUUGUACGUAGCUAUUUUUUUGCACAUUUUGUGUUACCUCCUGUAUUAUUUAUUUGUGUUUGUAUUGACUGGUUGCCAGGAAUCUUGGAGAGGAUGUUCCUGUUAUCUCAGUGAAUCUGAUUUAAGCGUCCAUAGUAGAUUUACAUCCUUUCAAUCCCUGAUGCAACUGUGUCAUGUUGUAUGUUUGAAAGAUAAAGUAUUUAAAAUGUGUUGUAGUUGCUUAUCGUCUUGUUUCCCUGCCUGUAAUAAUCUUUAAUUUGGUUUUAAUGCAGAUCUGUUUACAUUGCACACGUAUUUGGGUUUGCCUACAUCACAGGUGGGUGUAGGCUCCAGCCUGAAGGAUUUUUGUAUCUGUUUCAGACACAAAAACGUACUGAAAAUACAGAAGUACUGAAAUCAGAAGUUACAGACCUUUAAAAAUCUGGGCUGUGUUAUGCCUCAAAAUUGUUCCCUAUCUGUGCUGUAACUUUAGUUCUUUGAUUAGUUCUUUGAACAUCCUGUUCAUUUUUUGUUUUGUUUCAUGAAUUAUUGUUUACAGCAGCCACCAGAGUAGUAAGAAAGGUAUCUGUCACACCUCACAGCCAAAGGUAUCUGAGCCACAUCUCAGAUAGCUAAAGCCAAGCAAUUGUGAUCCAUCUUCUGUUUGCCCACAUCAGGUCUAGAUGCAGCACAUUUUGGGCCACAGGCUGCAGAGACAGUGUGUGAGAGGCUCCCAGGUGUCCCAGCCAUCAUCAGGGCUGGUGUGUGCUACCUGCUGACCUGUGUGUGAGAUCCAGAGAACAGCUCAAUACCAUUCACCAGCCACGAGCCUCUUAGCCAACUUCCAGCCACAAGCUAAGCAUCCCAGCUGGCCAACUUCUGCUUUCCAGCCUCUGCAUGUAAUUGAUUCCAGCAGCACAGUCAGUGUUUGGCACAUGGUACCAAACACUCUGUAGAAAGUGCUAAAUAAUUCUGUUUUGAAAAAAAAUAUAAAAUAUUAAGUAGGAUAACUUCAGUUGAAACAAUUGAGAUUAUUUAAUGCAUAGCCUUAUGUCAAAAACAACACACUCAGAACCUCUUGCGGUGUUUUCUUAUUUCUAAUGUUCUUUCCUCUUUUCCCAUUACUUCAACUCAGUAGCAAUGACAGCAAUUUCUUUUUUAAUACCUGUUCAAUAAAGUGUCUCAAACUUGCUUAAAAAACUUGGGAAGAUCUGUAAAGAUAACAGCUAAUAUAACUAGUAAAAAAAAUCAACAGGGCAAAGGUCUAGAUGCAUAGGUUUCCUGAGACUUUUAGAGGCAGCAAAUUUCAAGCUGAGUGUGAAUUGUUUGUUCUGAGUUUAACAUAAUGGUUUUAAUCUGCAAAAGAGCAGUGUGACUGGCGCCUCGGAAGCUGAGGGGCAGGAGUGUCAGCAAAGCAAGAAACAAUGAGGUUAUUUGUUACUCCCAGAGGGAGGGAGAGACAUGAACAUGCCUUUUUUUUAAUUUCUACAUCUAUAAGAAUAUGAAUAGCACUAUUUACAGAUAUGUGUUACACUGAAGUAGUGACU